AUGCAUCCUACGUGCGACCUUCCGUUGAAUCGUUCUCUGCCUCUUGUUUGCAUAUGUUCACUAUUCAGUUUCCUCUGUGGUGUUGGUAUUGGCGCAAAUGAUCUAAGUGCCAACUUCGCCAUGGUAGUUGGAAGUGGAUCACUUAAUAUGCGUAAAGCAAUUGUUUAUUGUACUCUGUUUGAACUCUUAGGUGCUGCUUUUAUGGGUGGACAUGUCAGUGGAACAAUUCGUAAUGGUAUUGUUGAUCCUAUCUUAUUUAGUAGAGAUCGAGAUAUGGUAUUGAUUGGUAUGACGUGUGCGACUUUUGCUGUUGCUCUCUGGUUGUACCUCUCAACUGUUUUUGGAUUACCAGUCUCUAUCACUCACACUGUAGUUGGAUCUAUUCUCGGAUUUGCUAUAUUCUCCAGUGGAUCCUUUGCAUAUGUACAAUCACGUGGAAUUGUUAAGAUUGUAAUUUCAUGGCUUCUCGCUCCAAUUGCAGCUGGAAUUGUUACAAGUAUUAUAUUUUACUAUUUGCGAAAAAGAAUUCUUAAGGUUAAGCGAGUGUCAUUUCAAAAUGCCUUAUGGUCAUUACCGUACUGUCUUGCCUUUUCAUUGCUUAUUGAACUCAUGUUUCUCGUAAUUGAAAAACCACCCAUUCUUGCCGUAACCCUUGCUCAGUUUAUGCCUCUUUGGGUACAAUAUAUGCUUCUCUUUGUGGUUAUUGUGGGAUUUUGUUUUUUUUCCUCUGCAGUUCUUUUCCCUCGACUCGCAGAGGAAGCAUGGCGACAGAAUUCAUUUGUUUGGGAAUCCGAUGUAUUACGUACAGAAGUAGAAGCACAAGGUGCUAAUAAAACUAAAAUGACUAAUACUAAUAUUACUGGAGAUACUGCUGCUGCUGCUGCUGCUGCGGAUGCUGCUGCUGUUGGUGUAGUUAGACCAACAAUGGAGGAUACGGCAGUAGAAGAGGAACCCCUGCGGUUUUCAUUCGUUACAGCCACAGAUCAUUCAGCAACCACCACCACACAUGAUAAUGUUUCUGAACGUGCAGAUGAGUUAUCACUACAAAAAAGUAUUUCUACAUUAUUACAUGGAACCUGUGAGUUUUUACAAUCCUCUAUAGGAGCAACAGAUUUGAAUUUAUUACAACAACAGCGUCGUGUGCGAACCGCCCCAGUGGUACGUCGUUCACCGUUACCAGAACACAUGCAUGAGAGGGAGGAUCCGCGUGGUUUAACAUCCAUGGUAUCACUGACCUCCACACUAGUACCAUCCGCAAGUAAACCCAUCACCACUUCUUAUGGUACUCUGGAAGAAAAGAGAAAUGUAGAGGAGGAAGAGAGACCAGUCUCACCACUGGAGGAAUCAUCUCCCAGUGUAAUAGGAGUGGAUGAUGAGUUUGCAGAACCAGAUUGGGGAUUAGAUCAUCCCAUGCAACCCAUACGUUUUGGUGGACUUCUCAUUAAACCUUUUAAUCCCCGAGCAGAGUAUCUCUACACCGCAUUGCAGGUAGUAGCGGGGAGUAUGUCUAGUUUUGUCCACGGUGCUGUUGCUGGCGCUAAUGCCACUGCCACCUUUGUGAUUCUCUACCACGCCUUUGCUGUGGGGGAAUUGAAGGAGGAAGAUCCACUCGACUCGACUUGGGCUGUACUCCCAGCCAUGUUGGGAAUUGCCAUUGGAAUGUUCACACUGGGAUCACGUCUCAUGAAGACUGUUGGGGUGGAGUUGGUAACCGUCACGCCGGCCCGUGGUUGGUGUAUACAAGUAGGCGGUACACUCGUCACGAUGCUGCUCACGGGUAUUGGUAUUCCUGUUUCACUCUCGCAGGCACAAGUGGGCGCUGCGGUGGGAUGUGGAGUAUUGGAUGCUCGUGCGAAAGGUGUGGCGUGGGGAAUUGUGUUCAAGAUUGUGUGUGGAUGGCUAGUGACUCUGGUGAUUAGCGCCGUCACAACAGGAGUGUCUAUGCAGUUAUUGGCUUCUUUCUACUGUAUAGAUCAGCGUUAG